GAUCGAGGUUUUAAACAAACUAAGCUCCCGCUAAGUAGUUUCCAGUUAGUAGUUGUGGCGUUCCCAGAGCGGAAGAAUGCACGGGAGAGUGCUUUCGGUUUUGUUUUUAGUUUCCGCUGAAAUUGCGGCCUUUCAUCAGCCUGAAAACGCCAGGUUUCGUCGAGCUCGAAGGGUCAGACACGAGCAGCGCAAUGUCUCCAUGUCUUGCAUUCCGGAGCAACUCGAAUACAGACUCACAAGACUAGAAGUCCAAACAGCGGAACAAUCUGAACACAUUCGUUCCGAACUGAAAGAAAGCAAUCACCGACUGCAAACCCUUGAAUGGCAAAGUGAUCAAGUCGAAACAGCCCUUGAAUCCCUCCAGACUGAAUUAGAACACCAACACCAACAAACCAACAAUUUACAACUCGAUAAUUUGGAAAAAGGCCUUCAGGUCGUCGUUGCCGCACUCAGAAACAUCAACUCAGGCAUUGACAAUCUUCGGAAAAACAUCAAACACUCUACUUUCACCCCAAACUUUCCGGCAAAUUGCAGAGAAGUUGAAAAAAUGGGCCACAACGUGUCUGGAGUUUACCGCAUCCAACCUGAACUGGCCUCCAGCCCCUUUCUGGUUUUAUGCGACUUGGAGUCAAAAGGUGGGGGUUGGACGUACGUCCAAAACCGUUACAUAGGCCUCCAAGAUUUCUACCAAAACUGGGAUAAUUACAAAAUCGGGUUUGGAAACCUUGGGGGUGAAUUUUGGCUAGGUCUUGACCACUUGUACCAACUCACAGGUUCGGAGGUUAACGAAUUGCUCGUCGAGCUUGAAGAUUUGGACAAAACCAGGGUUUUUGCCCAUUAUGCUGCCUUCAGUCUUGGUAGCGAAGCUGAAGGUUACAGUUUGAAGGUCCUGGGAGGUUACAGUGGAGACGCAGGUGAUUCACUAUCGUACCAUGCUGGGAGUAAGUUUAGUACCAAGGAUUUGGAUCAGGACGAAUGGUUGGAAGGGAGUUGUGCACAGGCACAUAGAGGGGCUUGGUGGUACCGCAGUUGCGACAAAAGUAAUCUCAAUGGGAAGUACUUAAAGGGCGAGGUUCCCGAUGGGUUUUUGUACCAAGGGAUGUACUGGGAAGGGUUCCAUGGAGCGAACUAUAGUUUAGGGAAGGCCAGGAUGAUGGUACGACCACGAGCGAGGAAUUGAAAAGUGUGCAAAAUACGAAAACUGCCAAUAAAGUGUUCGAAUUAAAUUAAAUGCUAUUGAAUGUUUACAGUUUUUGUGUAACUUGUCCCAUGGUGUUUAUCACCUUUUUUAGUUUUUGAUAUAUUUAUUAUUAUCUUAUUUUUCGUCUUCAAAAGUUCUCAAAAAACUGGUACAACUCAAAAAUAUAAUUUUGUCUGCAAU